GAUUAUCUCAUAUAAAGUCAAAUUUAAUAGUCAUAUACUGUGCAAAUCCAAAACAAGUAAAUGCAAGGACAUAUAUAAACAUUACCACUGAACAAUGAAAAAGGUACAUAUGAGUGGGUGAGUUGUGCACAGACCACUUCUAGGAAAAGACAGAUGUUUAGGGGGGCUCUGCAUCUCCCAGGAUCAGGCCAACUGUCUCCCAGGUCCAUGCUGUCUAUUGCAUCCCAAAAACAUUAACAAGCAAGAUAAAACAAACAAAAAAACAAAAAAACAAAAAACCACAUUAUCAUUGUCAUGUUGUAUUUACUUGUUCGGUUCAUUUGUUCAUUUUUUGUAUCUUCUACCCAAAUUGUCACUUUAUUAUUCUGUGUAGAUGAGGUUUGACCAUAGGGUCUGACUGACGACUUGUAUCUUUCCUCACUUUUACAGGUUUUACGGUAUUAUUAUCUUAGAAGCGGAAGUCUCUAUGACAACUUCCUUGGUAACGGGAAGCUUGUUCUCCAGUGUUUUUGAAUCCGACAUGUUCAGCUAUACAAGUCCAUAGAACACGUCUUCUAAAUUGCUUACUUAAUUUUUACUUUGUUUUAUGUUGUAUGCAUUCAUGGGUUUAACGCCGUCUCGAGCGACGUAGGGGAAAUUGUUCCAGCUAACUCUUACGUUAGCAUUAGCCAUCUAGCUAAUCAGCUAAGCUGGAGUUCGCACUGCUCACUAUGCCACUUUAAGGAGAUGAACUACCGCCGGUGGUGUCGUUCAUUUCACAUAUUUAUCGUCUUGUGUGCACGUUUGGCAAACGCAGCCACGGAAUCAGGCGUCUCUUCAACCGUCAAUGUCAAUCCGACAAAUGGGGGACCUUUCAGCUCCCCGACACCAGCUCCAGGCGCCACAGAGGCCGUGGGCUUCACUAGUCUCGGUACCACAGAGGUGUCUGAAGCUCCUACUGUGAUCACUGAAGCUCCCUCUGCACCCUCUGUGCCCACUGAAGCUCCCCCUGCACCCUCUGUGCCCACUGAAGCUCCCCCUGCGGUUGCUCCAGAGGGUUGUCUCUGUGACUUAAGCCCCAAUUUCUGUGACAUUGGCUGCUGUUGUGACACAGUUGAUUGUGGUGUUGCGAACCUGAGUACAGUUUUCACUGGAUGUCCACAGAAAGCUGUAUCAGGAGUUUGCAUUGAGAAAUGGCUGAUGUUCAGGGCUAACGUGGAUUCAUCUCUUGUCACUGUGACCGACUCCUUGUUUUGUGUCCAGUCUGAAAAUACUGCACCCCAGUCUCUCCAAGCUCUGCCUCAGUUUCCAGCUUUAGGGGAUUCAUACCACUUUUCACCACCAGCAGCUACAAGCAGCAGCCACAGUAGAGCUUUCUACAGGGCUGAUGAUGUUAUCCAGACAUAUUUCUCCAGCUCAUUUGUGCGUGGUCUCCUUCGUCAGCCGUCUCCAGGAGCUUCAGCUGCAUUCUGUGUCAACCGCAACCCUGCAAAAUUCUUGAGGUCUGUGUCUUUGUCUUGUACCCGCAUGUUGACUCCUCAGUCCUGCACCACAGACCCCAAUCUCAACGCCCGCUCCUACUUCUCUGACUUAAGUCUAAUAAAGAUUCCAGUAGGCGAGACUGCACAAGUGUCAGAUCUUCUUAUUCCAGUUACACCACUGUCUGAUUGGCCUGCGCCAAGCCAACAAAACAGCUCCUGUGUCAAUGUGGUGAAAAAGGUGGAGUUUGUUAUAGGAUACACAGGCAGAGGAGAACUCACAUAUGCAACUGUGAACGUAGUCUUAGCUGAUGUGGAUCCAAAUCAGUUGCUGCUGCAGACACACUCUGUGCAGUUCCAGCUGGCCACACCCAGCCCCAGUCCACAAGGAGCAAUCCCUGCAGUUGGACUCAGGGUGGGAUCUCCACUCAUUGGUCGCUUUAAUGGAGACGUGACACCUCUGACCAUGCUGAAGGUGUCACAGAGUGGGGAGUGCUCCUCUGACCCCAGCGAACGAGCACCCAUCCUCUUCACACACAACACCAUCACUGGCUGCACGUUCAGGUCCCCAUCUAGAGACUGUUCAGAGCUGCGGUCCCAGAUUUAUGGGAUCUUGCAGGGGCUUGCUACUCCUGAUGAGAUUGCCAUGAACUCAGGCUCCCAACUGAGCUGGACAAGAGUCAUCACCCAGGAGUGUCCAGUCAGCCUGCAGGAAACAUGCGAAUCAGGCUGCCUCCUUCCCAAAUCUCUCUCUGUCCAAGUGCUAUGGGCUUGCCAGGGUCUCUUAGACCUUCCCCAGAAAUACAUCCUGGGGGCCAAAUACAUUUUCAAGUGUCAAAAUUUCAAGUGUCCGGUGUCGUCCCCUCUCGCUCUAACCACCGAAGUGAUGUUUGCAGACACUACAGUUUACCCAGGACCCCCCAGGGGCUUGCCGCAGCCUGACUGGAAGUUUCCCUUUGGUUUCUUCACUAGAGGCAAAGCUGAGCUGGAUGGGCAUGUUGUUAUUAACGGCAGUGACACUGAGAAGGUCACAUGGAGUUUAAUGCUGUUCACAGUCAUGUUGCUAACAGGAUUAGAAUUCUUCACUAGGUAG